AUGCAAUUCAGCAAAAUUACUUUUCUCCUCGGAGCUCUCCCCUUCACCUAUGCUGCAUACGGAGCCGCAGAUGCCAGUUCUGCAUCCAGUGUGGUGACUCCAUCCAGCACCACAAGCACUUCUCCUUCCGACCCAACCCACACUAUUCUCGUUGGCGCCGGCGGCCAACUUACCUUUUCUCCCAACGAAACCAAGGCUGACGUAAACACAACUCUUGAGUUCCAUUUCUAUGCCAAGACGCAUUCGGUUGCCCAAGCAGCAUUUGCAUCGCCCUGUAAGGGCUCAGGUUUCUUCUCUGGCCCAAUCGCUACCACUGGCACCGAAGCCAACGCCUCCGUCUUUAGCGUGCUUGUAAAUGACACGAAACCGAUCUGGUUCUACUGUGGAUAUCCCGGACAUUGUGAGGGUGGAAUGGUAGGAGCUGUUAAUGUGAAUACAACCGACAACAAAAAAACCCUAGCAAAAUUCUCACUCGCAGCAAAAGCACUAGAUAGUGAUGCCACAACAAACCCAAAAGGCAUUGUGGGAGGCACGCUCGCUCCAUUGAAAGCAGAAUCGGGUUCUGGGACAAGUAGCUCAGCGGGAGCUAGUAGUGCAACGGGUACUGCGGCGUCGGCGUCGGCUACGGGCUCAAGUGCGGCGGAUGUUACGACUGUGGGAUGGAUCACGUUUGGGGGGGCGGUGCUGGUCGCUGGUCUUUUGGGCAUGUAAUGGGCUUGAGAUUUCAUGGAAAGGAGAACGGAAGAGGCGAGGAAAUUUUGCAUGUGUGUUAGAUAAAGUGUUUGUUAGUUAUUGCUGGAUAUCCGGGCUUUAAAUGUGCUUAUGAAUGAGGUGUUUGGGGCGUUGAUACCUGUUUGUUUUUGGGAUUUCGGGAGUACAUUACAGGAAUGGAACAAAUGCAUUGAUUGCAGUGUUGAUUUACUUUGAUCGCGAGAGCAUCUGUUGUCACUUUGAGUUUAGUCUGUGAAGUGGCAUGAAAUCGUCAAUAUAGGCGAGAGAAAUAGUC